CAUGUGCAUCAAAGGGUAUACGCUUUCUAUUCAACUCACCAUCAGCCUCAUUUUACUUACGGUUAUAGCUUGGACACAUAAAUUAGCUUGGGCGUUACGUAAACAGGUGCCAGAGACUCGUUACGAAAGGCCAAGGAAACCGCUACAAAAGGCCAAGGAAACAAUUUCCGGAAAGGUGCCGCCGCCGUAGAAUCACCACCAUCCAUAUCUCAAUCCAAGAAACCCUCGCUCAAGCACCGCGGCUAAUCCUACGGGGCAUCCUCGUCUCCACCUUCUAAGUUUACAACCGUUGCUCAUUAUCGUGGAUUCGAGUGGCGCUUAGGGGGCUCUGAGACGUUUUUGUUGACAUGUGUUGUGUUGUGUUAAUAGGAGCAAGGCCGCUUCGACAGAUGGACAGGGACAAGGGGCCAAGACUUAGAAUUUAGCCUUCAUUUAAAACCCCACACUGUGGCCGUUGUGGCAGUUACUGCCAGCUGACCGGAGUGGAUACUAUUGUAUUUCUGCCCUCCCCUCUCUUCCUCCGAGGACCCCUUCUCUUUCUUAUGUAUGCUACAUAUGCUUUGGUUGAUGUAGCGAAUCAACUCCAUCGUGUUGGAAAUAGCACUCUACGCCCUGCGCCGUCGCGCCAGAUGCGACAAUGAGGUUCAUUAUCCUACUUCUUCUCGGACUUCGAAUCUCCAGCGUCAAUGCCACACCAGCCUCGUUUCUCCCAAAAGGAUUUAAAUCGUGGUUUUGGCCAUCUUCAAUUGUCGUAGGCAACUGGCUCUACCUCCAUGGCGGCGAAAUCCAUCAUAACGAUGAUGGUGUCAUGACCUAUCUACCAAACUCCCAGACUUUCGCAAUUGACCUUUCCAAGUCCUGGUCCACCUCCACUGUCGAUGCAAUAAUCUCUAAUCACGCCGAAGAAUUCAAGCCGUCCCGACGGCCAGAGAUCUACCACGAUACGAUACAUAACGUUGUCUACAGUUACGGCGGGGCAUACUACAGCGCAAACUUCAAAGACGACCAUGUUACAUAUGAAGCGAAUGUGACGCCUGAAGUCUGGGGCUUUACGCCUCCCGAAAACGGUAACGUGAACUGGUCGCGCCAAUUCGCGAAGUCAAUUUCAGACUCUUUCCCUCUCACCUCCAGUAUCGAAUACGCCCUCACGACAAGCAGCGAUAAAAAGCAUUAUAGCUUUGGCGGCACGAUAACUUAUAAUGUAGUUCCCGACGGUGGGGAAGGAGUACCCAUACAAAUGGUGAUGGAAGACUUUGUAACCUAUGACUACGCAACCCAGACAUAUAGCAACGUAUCACGGACUACACCACACAGUCUCGCGGGCGAGGCACAGUUUGUUCCGCAGUAUGGCGAAGAGGGCGUGCUACUUUUCUUUGGCGGGAAGAACCCAGUGGACAGGGGAGCGGCAUCAUUAGAUCUUGCAGACCUUGGCUCUAUUGAUGUUUAUGAUAUUUACACGGAUACAUUUUAUACCCAAGCGGCUACGAAUGCGCCGACGGGGCGAUACUCAUUCUGCUCUGUAGGAGCUAGUAAUGCGAAUAGUUCUUCAUACGAAAUUUUUAUCUACGGAGGCGACGUGGGCUCUUCCAACUCUGCAGCAGUGGCCACCCUCAGCAAGGUUUACAUCCUAACCCUCCCUGCAUUUCACUGGCUCGAGGUACCCACCUCAGCCAGCACCUGGCGCAACAACCACAAGUGCCAAAAAAUUGGCGAAAAGUCCAUCUCCCAGCAUAAUCAGCGGCAGAUGCUUUCCGUCGGCGGUGAUCAGCACCCCUCGGGCGUGGAUUGGUCAUCAUACGUUGACUCCUGGAACUCCGCCAUGAAGAUCUUCGAUCUCACGACACUUACGUGGAGCGACAGCUAUAAUCCUGACGCGAAAGCGUAUACCAGGCCAGAUAUGGUAAAUAGAUUCUACUCGAGCAACUCAGCAUUCCCAUCCACUUGGGGCGAUGCCGCUUUAAAUUCUAUUUUCAACAAAUCCGUCACCGCGACAACGCCUAAAACCACGUCCACGCCCACGCCCACACCCACGCCCACGCAUACACCUGAACCUGAGAAAGAGACUAGGAGCAAGACAAAUGUCGGCGACAUAGCUGGCGGCGUUGUCGGAGGAGUGUUCGCGGUGGCGCUUGCUGGAUUUCUACUGUGGUGGUUCUGCUGGCGGAAACCCAAGGCAAUUAAUAGAAAUAGCGGGGCACUUGCUGCCACAGAUUACCAAGGCAACCAGGGGUAUCAAAACGUGAAGGAGGGCGACGGUGGCUCAGAGGGAGCUGAGGUGGAGCUAUCAGCCGGGAAGGAUAUGCCACGGGGGGAGUUACCCGCGGACGAUACGCACCAGGAAGAAUUGGAUGCAAUUGAGUAUCAGCAUAAAUAUAGGAUGCCAGAGCCGCAGAAGCUCUCUAAUGGGACAAGAUGA